AUGAGUGAUCAGGAGUUCGUCCUGCUCGAUGAGAUCGGCCAGGGCGCUUUUGGAAAGGUCUACAAAAGCAGGAAGAGCUCGUCGAAGGAGAUUCUUGCAGCAAAGAUCGUGACAUGCUCGGCUCCGGAAGGCAUCGAUCUCGCGCUCGCGGAAAUGUGGGCUCUUUCAAAGCUGCCGCAUCAUCCGAAUGUCCUGCGUUUUCACGGGGCAUAUCUCGAAGCCGACGGAGAAUUCACAUAUCUCAAGCACGGCGACAAAACCAACUCUGCUUAUCGUCGUCUUAUUGAGUCUUGCCUGAAAGGAGAAAUGAUGUGUUCGGUAACGCGGGACUCGCGCUUGUGGUUCAUGACAGAGCUGUGCUCUGAUGGCGACCUCAACCGAUACAUCCUAAAGAUCCAGGAAUCCAAGACAGCUGCUGAAAAUAGUCUCAUUAAUGCCCAGAUUUGUAUACAGAUGCUUGACGGUUUAAAAUUUCUUCACCAUAAUACAGUCGUUCACAGAGACCUCAAACCGGAAAAUAUACUCGUGGAUUUGGCGGACGAGUUGCGCCCGAAGAUCAAAAUCGCAGAUUUUGGCCUUUCCACGGUGAUUACCGAGGAGAACUCGCGCUGUUCAAGCGCAUGUGGGUCCGAUUACUUCAUGGCGCCAGAAGUUUGGAACGGACCGCAGAAAGAAUACCAAGGUGAUCUGGCGGAUGUUUGGUCUGCCGGAGCAUGCUGCCUCGCGCUGACAGACAGAGUCUACUUCCGCGACUCGAAGAGUAAAAAGAAGCUGCUGGGCAUCUACUACAAAGACGAGGAAAAAGGAAAAGUAAAGAGCCUCGGAGAAACUCAGUUGGGUAGAGCAAACGUUGAUGUAGAAGAAUUCGUCGAGAGAUUCAAAAAGCCAACGAAGCCAAUCGGCUGGUACGGCAAAGAUGACAAGUUCAGGAAAAUCGUCGUCAAGGCUCUUUCUCGCGAACCCAAAGACAGACCUACAAGUAAAGAAUUCCAUCACCAGCUCGUGCUCGCUGGCAAGGCGAAGAUCAACCGCUCAAAGAGCGGCAACAUUCGCGAGAAUUCGCCGAAGCCAGUGCCCGAAUCACCGCCGCUGAAGAUUCGCCGCUUUGCUCGCGUCCGAAGACCACUGCGAGACGUCAUUCCGGUAGAAAAACACAAUAGAAGUCCUCUUCUAUCGCAUUAA